CUCAUUCUCAACAAACAACGUGAACGAGAUGAAAAAACUCCCUCGAGGCCAGUCGUGCAUGCUGUGUCAACAGCGAAAAGUGCGCUGCGACCAGCAGAAGCCGUGCGACACCUGCGUGCGCGCCAAAGUCGAGUGCACCGUGGUGCCGCUGCUGCCUCCCAAGCCGCGGCGCACCCGGCAGUCGCUCGACCGCGCCGUGAUGGACCGGCUGCAUCGCUGCGAGACUCUGCUGGCCCAGCACGGCGUGGAUGUCGAGCGGGAGCUGCCUGGAAGCUCCAAGGAGAGCUCCAGUCCGGCGAGUCCGGGCGAGGGGACUCCGCGGGCGAAAUGGUUUCCAUACUAUAAGGAGUAUCAAACAACAGAUGAACUAUUACGAUACUCAUCCGACGACGAAUCCGACCAACCAACCAUCCACCACGGCUUCGACGCCAUGUUCGACGACUCGGACGGCUUCCCCCUGGUCCUCGCCGGCAGCGACAAGAUCGCCAGUCUACACCCGCCCGGCCUGGAGAUCCUGCAGCUGUGGCAGGUCUAUCUCCAGCGCGUCGACCCUCUGCUCAAGAUCACCCACCAGCCCACGCUGCAGGCCCAGAUCGUCGCUGCCAGCGCCAACCCGACCGCCAUCCCCAAGCCGCUCGAGGCGCUCAUGCUGGCCAUCUAUCUGAUCUCCGUGCAUGCCAUGGCCGACCAGGAGGUCCAGGAGAUGUUCCACGAGCCCAAACCGCGCCUUCUGGCCCGCUAUCAUCGUGCCACGCAGCAGGCGCUCGUCAAUGCAGCCUUUAUGCGUUCUCAGGAACUGAUGGUUCUCCAAGCCUACCUAUUAUACUUGUUCAGUUCCAGUAGUUCGGUCGACCCCCGUUCCCUGUUCUGCCUGGUAGGCAUUGCGCUGCGCAUCGCCACUCGUCUCGGCCUGCAUCGCGACUGUGCGCGGUUCGGCGUCUCGCCCUUUGAGACGGAACUGCGUCGCCGUCUGUGGUGGCAGAUUGUCAUCUUCGACGCGCGUCUGGCCGAGAUGACGGGCUCGCCCAUCACGGCCCUCACCACGCUCCCCACCGACUGCUGUCUGCCUCUGAACGUCAACGAUCCGGACCUGCAUCCCUCUGCUAAAGAGGCGCCCGCCCCCGCCGGCGGUGCCUCGGAGAUGCUCUUCAGUCUCUCGCGGGUUGAACUCACGGUUGGUCCGACCGCGACGGCUCGCGCGCGUUCUGGAACCAGCGUGGAGCACGAGGGAGAAAGAGAAGGAGGAGGAGAAAAGGAAAAGGGGACAGGUCUGGACGGAUACGCCACGUAUAUCGAUCUUGCGUAUCUGCAACACUGCGACCCGACAAUCCCCAUCCAACAAUUCACCCUUCUCAUGGCCCGCGGGACGCUCUGCAAACGCCGGAUCUUCCGCUUCAUGUGUCGCGGGGUGCCCAGCUCGACCCUCUCGCUGCCAGACCGGGAUGCUCUCCUCCUCGCCGCCAUCCAGAUGGUCGAGUACGACACGGCGGUAUAUACAACGUCAACCCUGCGUGGGUUCCGCUGGUACGCAGACCUACAUGUCCCCAUGCUGGGUUCGAUCUUCAUUGCGAGCGAACUGCGUCUCCGGCCUCGUGGAGAGCUCUGCGAACGGGCCUGGAAGGCUCUAAGUGAGAACCAGCAGCAGAGGGGAGGAGGCAGCAGGGAGCCACAGAACAAGAAAAGAACCAGUCCCAUGCAUGCUGCGUUUGAACAUGCCCUUCUCAGAGCGUGGGAGGCAUACGAACAGGCCGUUCUACAGGGCGGAAGCAGCAGCAGCAGCAGCAGCAGCAGCAGCUCGCAGAGACAACCGCCGCCAUUAAUCGUGCAGAUCAGAGCUGCCAGAGAGGAAAGUCAUAGUGAAACAGGCAGUUUCUCUCUCGAUCCAACAAUGGCGUUUGACCCGAUGACUGCCCAGCUCACUCCUUCUUCUCCUUUUCUCUUUGACGGCUCUGGUCAGGGCUUUGGGCCGGCGAUCCUGGAUUAUAGCCAGCUGGACUGGACGUAUUUGAUGGGGGGGUCAUAGUAGACCUUUAGUAUCAGACUGACAAUCACUUCUUAAUUGAUUAUAAUAUAGUUUGUCAGCCAGUUGUUACCUGAACUGGAUAUAAAUCAUUUUAGGGUUAGGGUUAUCAAUGCUUAAUCAUGUUCUGUCAUUGGUAUGAUCUGUUAGUUGAGUUAUAUUAUUACAGCAUGUGUAUAUAUAGUUGUUGUCUUAGUUGAAUAUCAAAUCAAUAGACUGCAG